UUCUUACUUCCUUUAAUGGACACACUUGGAAUAACUUCUUUUCUAAGUUCCCUAGCUACUUUCAUAUUUCCUACAUCUCACAUUAUAAAUUCUAUCUAACUUGUUGAAAUUCACUUUAUAUUAGAAGGAAAUUGUAAGAGACAGGUUUCAUUUAAUUCCAGUUCCUAAGAGAUGGUUAAGAUAACUAUAGUUGGAAGGGCAAGGGAUGGGUUACCCCUAGCACAAAGAGUGAGAUAUAUGAAUGAAGAGAAUUGCUAUGUUUCAUGUUACAGGCAACAAGCUGAAUUUAUUCUCCAAGAAAUUUCAAGAGGGGCUUUCAUGGCUUCCAAGUUCACAAUUCCAGUAGAUCAUUGCUCCUUCAAUUGCUUGGUGGAGAAUGGAGUUGUUUUCAUUGUGUUAUGUGACUCUUCAUACCCAAGAAAACUGGCUUUCCAUUACCUACAAGAUCUACAAAAGGAGUUUGACAAGUUUAAUAAAACUCUCAUAGACAAUAUCACAAGGCCAUACACCUUUGUCAAAUUCGAUGGUAUAAUUGCUAACUUUAGCAGACAAUAUAUUGACACAAGAACUCAGGCCAACCUAUCAAAACUUAAUGCUAACAGGAAACAAGAUUUAGAUAUUAUUACUGAAGACAUGUCCAACAUCUUAGAAAGGAGGAGAAAUUCAGAAACAUUGGAAAGGUCACAAGUCACUCCUCAACCUGCAUCUUCAAUAUGGUGUUCACCAUGCUUAGAGGUAAUUGCACUGAAAUGGGUACCUAUAAUGAUCACUGUUAUCACUUCAAUGACCCUUCUAUGGGCUAUUUUAGUCCUCACAGACGACUAUAUUGUUACGAGUUGGUGACAAGUCUCCUCGGAUCAAGUUUAAAGAUGAUGGUUUCAUGUGAUAUAAAUUCAAUAUUGGAAUUUGGAAGGACUUAAAUGUAUGUUACAACCUGGAUUUUGGAAAGAAAUGAUACUAGUAUGUGGUCCACUACACUACAUUUCCUUUCUCAGCAACUAACCAAUGAAAAUCAGAGAAAGUGAAAGAGGAAGAACAACCCUGAUUGGUCAUGGAGUUUCUGCAUUCUAGACUUCUAGUUGAAAGUGAUAUCAUUCAUUUUAAAUGAAGCACGCGGAUGUAUAAGUAAUGUAUGUGAUUUUACUUCUAGGAAUGUGAAGGCAUAGAAAAAGGGUUUGAAAGCUAUGCUCCUAUCCUAUGUAUCCCCUAUAAUGCGCUGAAUGAAACUUGUGCUAACAUAUUUUAAUCUGAACUUCCUUCCAAUUUGUUGAAAGUCAAUUGAACAAGUAUCUUUUCAAAGGGAAAC